AUGAGAGAGCAGCAGCCACCGGCGUUCGCGCAGCCGAGUGCGCGUCGAAGACAUUACAGACAUUGUCGGAGCCGCAGCAGAAGCAGGGGUGCGAGUCGCUCGAUCUCUUCGAAGCGCAGUCACCACCAUCGCGAACACGAGCGUAAGCCUAGACGCCACGAAGAGCAUGACAAGGCAAAGGGUCUAGAACAGAAGCUCGAAAACCGAGAGGAGGUGGCGCACUUAUCGUGUAUGUGGACGGGAGAGGACUCGGACGACGGUAGCAGCAGCCCAACGGAAAAGGAGGACAGGAAGAGUAGAACAACAGGAAACACGGACACCGCCAUCGCAACUCCAGACGUCGGUCUCACUCGCGUUCUUCAUCGUCGGAAUCUUCGUCGGACUCGGUAUCUGUUAGCUCCGACAGCUCGGAUGACGAGAGAUCUCGGAGGAAACGGAAACACAGUGCAGCAGCUCGCGGAAGGACAGGAAGGGGCACAAGACGGAUAA